GCCUCGAGGACUGUGUAGUUGUACUUACGUCAUAUCAAUUUAAAUUCAUAGUCCGCAUCCUCGAUGACUGCCGCAACAGUGUAGAACGAGGUAAUGGCUCUAGACCGAUGAGGGAGAUGGAGAAAACAUUUCUGAUGAUCGGAAAUCAUCUCUCCAUCUCCCUCAUCGAAAGAAGUUAUGUACGCUCACAUUUUGUCCAUCUUCUACACAUUCAGUGCUCUACGUGGCCGCUCUGCCAUGCUUCGUCCAUCAACAAGCCCUUACUUAUCAAUUGUACGAGAAGCAGUGUUAUUGAUACGCGGAGUCCGUGUGGAUGAGCCUGAACCUGAUUCUGAGGGAAAAACUUCUUCAAGAAAUUCUUCUCUCAGAAUCAAGCAUCAUGCAAAUAUCACAAUCCAGCUACUCAUUACUGUAGAGCCGCAAUGUUAGGACUGUCAUCUGCGACCGUCGAGGCUGUUUGUGCGACUUAUCCGCCAGAGUGGCAGAAGACGGUGGAUAAGUUCACACAGUGCCGCGAAAUGGAACUAGCAGGCU